AUGGCUUUAAUGGUCACAGAAACCGCCUCGUCAUGUUUCCCAAGUUCUUCUUCUUCCCCUGCUGUUGGACGGAAGUAUGACGUCUUCCUCAGUUUCAUAGGCGAGGACACCCACAACAAGUUUAUGGGUCAUCUACAUGAUGCUUUGAUUCAAAAAGGCAUUAUCAUCUUUAAAGACAACGAAAAUCUUGAGAGAGGAAAGCCCAUUUCACCAAAGCUGUUGAAAGCAAUAAAAGAAUCAAAAUUUGCUAUUGUCAUUCUCUCAGAAAACUAUGCAUCUUCAACUUGGUGCUUAGAUGAACUUGCAAAGAUCACUGCUUGCAAGAAAGAUAUGGGAAUGACAGUUUUGCCUGUUUUUCACUAUAUUGAUCCAUCUGAUGUAUGUAAACAAAUGGGAACUUUUGCACAUGCAUUUGGUAAACAUGAAGAAAAGGAGAACAAAGAGAGGGUGGAGAAAUGGAGAGAUGCUUUGACACAAGUAGGCAACCUCUCCGGAUGGCAUUUAAGGAAUAUUAGGCCUGAGUCCCAAGAUAUCCAAGAAAUAGUGGGAUGGAUAUCGCUUAACUUGAAAUAUGAUGCAUUUCCAUAUACUACCAAGGACCUAGUAGGAAUAUACUCUCAAGUGGUGGAAUUAGAGUCAUGUUUAGCUCUAGAAUCAAACAAUGUUCGCUUUGUAGGAAUUUGGGCUAUGGGGGGAAUGGGCAAGACAACCCUUGCUAGAGUUGUUUAUCGCAUGGUUUCUAAAAAAUUUGAAGCUCGUGGUUUUAUUGAGGAUGUUAGAGAAAAGUUUGAAAAAUAUGGUUGUGUUCCACUACAACAAAAAAUUAUUAAGGACGUUUUGAAGGAUAAUGAUUUGAAAAUAGAAGAGGCGUAUGAUGGAGUUCUCAAGAUCAAGAAUAGGUUAUGUCGUAAAAGGAUUCUUCUUGUUCUUGAUGACGUAAACAAACUGGAACAAUUAAAACUGUUAGUUGGGGAGCAUAAUUGGUUUGGAUCGGGUAGUAGAAUUAUCAUAACAACAAGAAAUGCACAUUUGUUGGAGGAACAUCAAGUAGAUGAAAUAUAUGAAGUUAAAGGAUUGAAUGAUGAAAAUGCUCUUCAAAUUUUUUGCUCGAAGGCUUUUAAAGAAAAGCAUGUCCUUGAAGAUUAUAGAGAAUUGUCUUUCCAUUUUUUGAAUUAUGCUGGUGGCCUUCCUUUAGCUCUUGAGGUUUUGGGUUCCUUUUUGUUUGGAAAAAGUAUUGUUGAAUGGAAAAUUGCAUUAGAGAGACUCAAAGAAUUUCCUGAAGAAGCAAUUCUCCGCGUGCUUGAAAUAAGUUUUAAUGGACUCCAAAAAUCACAAAAGGAAAUAUUCUUGCAUAUUGCAUGCUUUUUUAAUCAUCAAGAUAAAGAUGAGGUAGUAGAAAUACUUGAUAUUCUUGGCCUUUACCUUGGUAUUGGAUUGAAGGACAUUGAUAAUUCUCUCUUGAAAAUUAUGGAUAAUGAUAUAGUGUGGAUGCAUGAUUUACUCGAAGAAAUGGGAAGGAAAAUAGUCUUUCAAGAGUGCCCUGAUAAUCCUGGGAAGCGUAGUAGAUUAUGGGGGAUAGAAGCACUUAAAGCCAUGGAUAUUUCGACUACUUAUAAUGAACCAAAAGAUGCAAGGUGGAACCCUGAGGCCUUUUUGAAGAUGGAAAAUCUUAAAUUUCUUAGAAUUUUUGGCUUUCUCCAUGUCCCCUCACAUCUUCCUAAUGAUUUAAGAAUUCUUGAUUGGACUUUGUAUCCUUCAAAAUCUUUGCCAUCAAGUUUCCAGCUAGAUAAGCUUGUUCAACUUUGUUUGCGACAAAGCAAAAUUGAACGGCUUUGGAUAGGGGUAAAGAAUUUUGACAAGUUGAAGUUCAUUGACUUGACAGUUUCCUUGGACCUCAUUAUAACUCCAGACUUCACUGGAGUCUCAAAUCUUGAGAAAUUAGUUCUUGAAUAUUGUACAAAUUUAUGUGAGCUUCACCCAUCCAUUGGAAUUCUUAAAAAACUUGUUCUUCUUAAUCUACAAUAUUGUAAAACACUAAGGCGUCUUCCAAGCACAUUUGAAGUGGGUUCUCUUGUGACUCUUAACCUUUCUGGUUGCUCCAAUCUCAAGAAACUUCCACAAUUUGUGGGAAACCUGAAAUGCUUACAAAAGCUUUUUUUGGAUAUCAUUGCUAUUAUGAAACUACCUUCAUCAGUUGGAGGCUUGAUUAGCCUGACUUCAUUGACCCUUAGCGAUUGCAAAAAUCUUUGGCGCCUUCCUAACACCAUUUUUAAUUUGAAAUCGCUUGAAUCUCUGGAUCUUUCUUGGUGCUCAACAUUUGAAUACUUGCCAAAGAACCUAGGGAAUGUCGAAGGUCUAAAGACACUUGAUUUGAGUGGAAUAGCUAUAGAAGAGUUGCCUUUACCAAUUGAAGGUUUGGUAAACCUUACUUUAUUGACUCUCGUAAAUUGUGAAAAACUUGUGUAUCUUCCUAGCGCCAUUUCUAGUUUGAAAUCGCUUGAAUCUCUUGAACUUUCUGGAUGCUUAGAAUUUGAAUACUUGCCAGAGAACCUAGGGAGUGUCAUAGGUCUAAAGGAGCUUAAGUUGAGUGGAACAUCUAUUAAAGAUCUGACUUCAUCAAUUGAACAUUUGACAAACCUUACUUUAUUGACCCUAAGAGAUUGCAAAAAUCUUGUUUGUCUUCCUAAUACCUUUUGGUGUUUAAAGUUGGGCAAUUCUCUAGAUCUCGCUGGAUGCACAAAAAUUGAAAAAUUGCCAGGGAACCUAGGGAAUGUCGAAGGCCUAGAGAAGCUUGAUUUUGAGUGGAACAGCUAUAAAAGAGCUGCCUUCAUCAAUUGA